AUGAUGAAAAUUUUUGUUGAUGUAUUAAAAGAUAACAUAAUGAUAUUGGCUAAUGAUCAUUUAUCAUUGCAAACACGUUUUUCUCCAUCAACCAACAAUCAAAUUAAAUUAGAACCAUCAUCAUCCACAUCUUCAUCAGCAUCACCUGCAUCUGAUUCAGACGAUACAAUUAACGUUUCAUCACCAAUAAGACAAUCUACCUCAACACAAGAUAUUAUGUCAGUUUCUCCAAAAUCUGAAAAUUUAAAUUCUAUAAUAAAUGGUGAAUCAUCUAGUCCUCAACAAAAUAAUGGUAACUCUAAUGAGAAAUCAUUAAAUAUUCAAAAACCAACAAAUAUAAAUACAUUAUCUUCUUCUAAUAUUAAUUCUACAAUGGAUUUUAGUGUAUUAUUAAAUUCUAUUAAUUCAAAAGAACAAUUAUUAGAUAGACAAAAUUGUUUAAAAGAUAAAAAUAUUUCUGAUAAAAUUGAAAAAGGAAUAUUAUCAUCAAGUAUUACUUUACAAGAUAUUAUACCUAAAUUACCAUCAAUGACAUUAGAUAAUAUUCAUAGUAAUAAUUUUAUUAAUACUUUUACUCAAGGUGAUCCUAAUGCCAUUUUACAACUUUCUCAAUUACUCACAAAUAGUGGUAAUUCAAAUUUAUUUUCAGGAACAAAUUUUCCUAAUUUUGGUGGACAUCUUAAUAAUACUAAUAUACAAAGUAAUAAAAAAUUAUCACAAGAUUCUAUUUUAAAUAGUACAAUUAAUAAUAUGCAACAAUCUAAUGGUAAUGAAAAAAAAAGAACUUAUCCAUACACAUUUCAAUAUUGUGUUUUAUGUCAAAAAAAUGUACAUAGUUCAAAGUUACCAUGUCAUAUAAGACAAUGUCAUGUAGCUAAACCAAUGUUUAGAUGUCCUUCAUGUGACUUUACAUCAACAUAUAGUAAAAAUAAUGUUAAAUCUCAUAUGGUAUCAUUACAUGGUUUAGCUGGUGAUCCAAUAUCAUAUAUGGAUCAAUAUAGUUCACAAGUUGAGGAAUAUAUGAAAAAAUGUUUUCCAAAUGUUAGGGGUAGAGGAAGACCUGUUCAUGGAAGAAAUUCACCAAAAUCUCCUCAAACAAAAAGACAACAACUUCAAACACAAAUUAAUAUGAUUCCAGAACAAGGGAAUGUUAAUCAUUUAUCAGGACCUGGAAUUUCUGGACAAAUUAAUCAAUUUAAUAUGAUGUAUAAUCCCCUUUUUAAUAAAAAUAUUAAUCCAAGUUUUGGCACAACAUUAACAUCUCAAAAUCGGUUUAGUAAUCCACAAAUUCCAACAUCUGUCAAUCAACUUAAUACAUCCUCUUUUCAACACCCACCUCCUCCGACAAACUGGGGGAAUUUACCAGUAAUUAGUAAUGGUGAUAAAAAUUAUACACCAGUAAUGAUGCAAACAAAUCCAUUAAAUAUAUUCCCUUAUCUUAAUAAUACACUACCAAAAGGAGAUUGUUCCCUUAUAAACAUUCAAGACGGAGUAAAGUUAAAUUUACCUUCAAUUUCAGAAGGUAACAUUAAAAAACAUAAACAAGAUAAUCUCCCGACAACUUCUAUAUUUAAUAUAACUAGUGUAUCUGACUUUUUAGCUAAUUUAAAAAAUAAGUCACCUGAAGAGUUAAAUGAUGAAUAUAAAGUAGGCGAUAAUGAAGUUAAAUUAAAUAGAAUAAUGAUGGAUGAAGAAUUUUUUAAGCCUAAAUAUUUUGGAUUUUAUCCUUAUAACACAUUUUGUUUACUUGAUGAAAAUUUUAUAAAAAAUACAAUAUUUGAUAUAUCUAUUGAUGAUUAUCAGAAGAUAUCAAAGAUGAUUAAAAAGUCAAGUUUAGACUUUUAUCAACGACAAAAACAACACCAAGAAGAAAGAUUGUUAUCCUUUGAAGAACAGUCAAGAAUAGAUGAAAUAAAGAAAGAAUUAAAAGCUCAACCUUUUGAAAUUUUAUUUGCUUUACAUAAAUAUGAUAUCUCUGUUCUUACAGCUGAAGAUGUAUCAUUAAUUUUUUCAAUUGCUCCAACAAGUGUUGAUAUACUAAGAAUUAAAAAAUUGACACAAUAUAAUAAAUUGUCAUUAACAGAGGCUGAAUCUUUUAUUUCUCAACUUGCAUCUAUUGAAAAUCUUCCAAAAAAAAUUUAUACAAUGAAUUUUAUAUACAAUAAAUUCAACAAUUUAUAUUUAAAUAUAAUGAAUCAUUAUAAAAAAAUCUCUACUUUAGUUAAACAAUUAUCUCAAAAUAAUGCUUUAAAUGAAUUAUUUAAAAUUAUUCUUAUAUCAUUAAAUACAAUUUAUUCUAUUGAAAAUGAACCAUCAAAUAAUAAUAAUGAUAAAAAUUUAAUUGAUGAUGAGAAAAUUUUACCAACAAUUAAAGGAUUUACAUUUGAAACAUUGGAAAAAUUAUUUAUACCAAAGAUUGAUAAAAAUUUAUCUAAUAAUGAAAGUAUCAAUACUAAAUUUAAUGAUAUAUUUAAAAAAAUUGUAGGUAAUAUAUAUAUUGAAGAAAGUAAAAAACAAGAAAUAGAAGAACUUUCUAAUAUAAUGAAAGAAAUUUUAAAUUUAAAUUUUGACGAAAUUGAAACAUUUUUAUCAAUUAUUGAGGAAAGUUUUCAAAUUUUAGAGAAUGAAAAAAAUUUUAUGACUGAGAAAAGUCAAGAAAUUGUGACAAAAUUUAUUGAAUCAAGUUGUAAAAAUAUGAUUGAUAUUAAAAAAGAAAAAAUUAAGGCAAAAAAUACAAUUGAUGCCUGUAUAACAUUUUUUUGUGCAAGUAAAAAUUAUGGAAUGUCAAAUUCCUCUACCAAGUCAUUUUUUUUAAAAUUAAACGAAAUUCUAAAGAAUCUCAUUACAGCAUUUUAA